AUGACUGGUCGAAGACAGGAGGAUCCAUUUGCGACAGACUUUAUUCGUGGUCGGACAGGAGGGUCAAACAGGAGCGAACAGCGAUAUACAAGGGGAAUCCAAGAGACAGACUCUGAGAUAGCUGAGAGGAACGGCGUGUGUGAGAACGAAGCAAUCUAUAACUAUGACGCUCGCAGUGAUGAAGAGCUGUCCUUACAGAUCGGAGACACUGUACACAUUCUGGAGACUUACGAAGGGUGGUAUCGAGGGUAUCGGCUGAGGAGAAAAUCGAAGAAGGGAGUGUUUCCGGCGUGUUACAUACAUCUGAAAGAGGCCACAGUCGAAGGCAGCGGACAAAAGGAGACUGUCAUUCCUACCGAGCUCCCGCUGGUUCAUGAGGUCACGACUACGCUUCGAGAAUGGGCGGCAAUAUGGAGAGACCUAUAUGUGGGCGACAAGCGCGAGAUGUUCAACACGGUCCGAGACAUGAUCUACGACUUGAUCGAAUGGCGCUCCCAGAUCCUGUCCGGCACGCUUCCACAGGACGAGCUGUCCGAGCUCAAACAGAAAGUCACCUCUAAGAUGGACUAUGGGAACAAGUAUUUAGACCUGGAUCUGGUGGUGAGAGAUAAAGACGGGAAUAUUCUGGACCCUGACCUGACCAGCACUAUCAAUCUGUUCCGAGCGCAUGAAACCGCGUCCAAGCAGAUUGAAGCUCGCAUCCAGGAGGAAAAGUCUCAGAAGCAGAACUUGGAUUUGAGCAGACAGGCCAAGUUUGCCUCCACACCCUCGUUUGCCCUGUUCGUCACGCUCAAGAAUGUCGUGUGCAAAAUCGGAGAAGAUGCAGAAGUGCUGAUGUCACUAUAUGACCCAAUUGAGUCCAAGUUCAUCAGUGAGAACUAUCUUGUGCGUUGGUCCAGCUCAGGUUUGGUGAAAGACAUCGAUCAGCUUCAUAACCUGCGUGCCGUAUUCACUGAUCUGGGGAGCGAAGACCUGAAGAGGGAGAAAAUCAGCUUUGUUUGUCAGAUCGUUCGAGUGGGCCGGAUGGAGCUCAGAGAUAACAACACUAAGAAAUUAACGUCUGGCCUCCGCAGACCCUUCGGGGUGGCAGUAAUGGACGUCACAGACAUCAUCACGGGGAAGAUGGACGACGAGGACAAGCAACACUUCAUUCCCUUCCAGCCGCUAGCGUUGGAUGACGCCAUUCGCCACAGGCAGCUGAACAUCUCCCGUUUUUCACCCAGGGUGGCGGGCGAGAACGACUUCCUCCAGACCGUCAUCAACAAGGUCAUUGCCGCUAAAGAGGUCAAUCACAAAGGUCAAGGUUUGUGGGUUACGUUGAAGUUGCUUCCAGGUGAUAUUCAUCAGAUCCGUAAAGAUUUCCCUCACCUGGUGGACCGUUCCACCGCCGUCGCUCGCAAAAUGGGCUUCCCAGAAAUCAUCAUGCCAGGUGACGUUCGGAAUGACAUUUACGUGACGCUGGUUCAGGGGGAUUUUGAUAAAGGCAGUAAGACGACGCCUAAAAACGUGGAGGUCACCAUGUCUGUACAUGAUGAAGAUGGGAAGAAACUCGAGAACGUGAUAUUUCCUGGAGCUGGAGAUGAAGGCAUUCUGGAAUAUAAAUCGGUCAUUUACUACCAGGUCAAACAGCCACGCUGGUUUGAAACCAUUAAGGUUGCGAUCCCGAUUGAAGACGUCAACAGGAGUCACCUGCGUUUCACCUUCAAGCACAGAUCGUCUCAGGACUGCAAGGAUAAAUCGGAGAAGAACUUUGCUCUGUCGUUUGUGAAGCUGAUGAGGUACGACGGCACGACGCUGAGGGACGGAGAACAUGAUCUCAUCGUCUAUAAGGCCGAAGCCAAGAAACUGGAGGACUCCUCCAUGUACCUGAGCUUGGCCUCCACCAAACCAGAGAUGGAGGAAAGAAACCCGUCGUCGGGGAAGAACACGCAGAAUCUCGGCAGCUUCUCCAUCAGCAAAGACUCGUUUCAGAUCUCCACGCUUGUGUGCUCCACCAAACUCACGCAGAACGUUGAUCUCCUGGGACUGCUGAAGUGGAGAUCCAACACCAGUUUGCUCCAGCAGAACCUCCGGCACCUGAUGAAAGUGGAGGGAGGCGAGGUGGUCAAGUUUCUGCAGGACACUUUGGACGCCCUUUUCAACAUCAUGAUGGAGAACUCGGACAGUGAAACCUUUGAUACUCUUGUGUUUGAUGCUCUGGUGUUUAUAAUCGGGCUGAUCGCCGACAGGAAGUUCCAUCACUUCAAUCCGGUCCUGGAGACCUACAUCCGCAAGCACUUCAGCGCCACCCUGGCCUACACAAAGCUGACAAAAGUCCUGAAGAACUACGUGGAUAAUGCUGAGAAGCUGACGGAGCAGCUGCUGAAAGCUCUGAAGGCUUUAGAGUACAUCUUCAAGUUCAUCGUGAGAUCCCGAGUUCUCUUCAACCAGCUCUACGAGAACAAAGGCGAGAGCGAUUUCGUGGAGUCCCUGAGGAAUCUCUUCGCCUCGUUUAACGCCAUGAUGAACAGCAAUGCUGAAGGGACCGGCGGGGUGAAGGGUGCUGCACUGAAAUAUGUUCCGACUAUCGUCAAUGAUUUGAAACUCGUCUUCGAUCCAAAGGAGCUCAGUAAGCUGUUCAGUGAGUUUAUUCUCAAAGUUCCUCUGGGGCGUCUGGUGAAGCAGAAGUUGAACUGCAUGAUUGACAUCGUCCACAGCGACCUGUUUACUCAGCAUGACUGCAGAGAGAUCCUGCUGCCUUUGAUGACGGAGCAGCUCAAACUUCACCUGGAGAGUCACGAGGAGCUGGACUCCUGCUGCCAGCUGCUCAGCAACAUCCUGGAGGUGCUUUACAGGAAGGACGUGGGGCCGACGCAGUGGCACGUACAGAUCAUCAUGGAGAAGCUGCUGAGGACGGUAAACAGGACGGUGAUCUCCAUGGGCCGGGACUCUGCUCUCAUAGGCAGUUUUGUGGCGUGCAUGACGGCCACUCUGCGGCAGAUGGACGACUAUCACUACACACACCUCAUCAGCACCUUUGGGAAGAUGCGCACAGACGUGGUGGACUUCCUCAUGGAGACGUUCAUCAUGUUUAAGGAUCUCAUCGGGAAGAACGUGUAUCCUGCCGACUGGGUCAUAAUGAAUAUGAUGCAGAAUAAAGUCUUCCUGCGAGCCAUCAAUCAGUACGCCGCCGUACUCAGCAAGAAGUUCCUCGAUCAAACCAACUUUGAGCUGCAGCUGUGGAAUAACUACUUCCACCUCGCUGUGGCAUUCCUUACCCAGGAGUCUUUGCAGCUGGAGAACUUUUCGAGUGACAAACGGGCCAAGAUCUUCCACAAGUAUCAAGACAUGAGGCGACAGAUCGGCUUCGAGAUCCGAGACAUGUGGUACAAUCUGGGUCCGCACAAAAUCAAGUUCAUUCCUGAGAUGGUGGGCCCGAUUCUGGAGAUGACGCUGGUUCCUGAGAUUGAGCUGCGGAAAGCCACCAUUCCCAUCUUCUUUGACAUGAUGCAGUGCGAGUUUCACUUCAGACGCUGCUUCCAGACGUUUGAGAACGAGAUCAUCACCAAGCUGGAUCACGAGGUGGAAGGCGGUCGAGGAGACGAACAGUACAAAAUCCUCUUCCAGAAGAUGCUGUUGGAGUACUGUCGACGGCACCGCUAUCUUUCUCAGUCCGGUGAGGCAUUGGCUCUGCUCUUAAGUAGUCUGCUGGAGAACCUGCUGGCUUACCGCACCAUCACCCAUGAUGAGAGCCCCGAGCUCCGCAUGAGCUGCACCGUCAAUGUCCUGAACUUUUACAAAGAAAAGAAAAGGGAGGAUAUUUAUAUCCGGUAUUUGUACAAGUUACGUGAUCUACAUCUGGACUGUGAGAACUACACCGAGGCUGCCUACACACUGCUGCUCCACGCUGAACUGUUGGAGUGGUCCGACAAGCCGUGCGCGCCCCACCUGAUCCCAUGGGACGGAAGUCAGGGGUUGACACAGCAAGAGCUAAAGGAAAGACUUUUUCAGGAGAUAAUGUGCAAUCUGGACAAGGGCAAAAUGUGGGAGAAGGCCAUCGAGAUGGCCAAACAGCUUGUUAAACUUCACGAAAACCAGAUGUUUGACUUCAUAGAGCUCAGUCAGCUGCUGAAACAGCAGGCGCAGUAUUAUCAAAACAUCAUGCACGCAAUGAGACCUCAGCCGGAAUAUUUCGCAGUGGGAUACUACGGACAAGGUUUUCCAUCCUUCCUCAGGAACAAAAUGUUCAUUUACCGUGGUAAAGAGUAUGAGUGGCUGGAGGACUUUAGCUUGAAGCUGUUGUCUCAGUUUCCCAACGCUGUGAAGAUGACCAGCACAUCGCCCCCUGGUGACAACAUCUGUAACUCAUCCGGUCAACAUAUCCAGUGUUUUACGGUGAAGCCCGUCUUAAACUUACCUUCACCGUUCAAGGACAAAGAACUUCCUGAACAAAUCCUCAAUUAUUACAGAACAAACGAGGUGGAAAAGUUCCAGUAUUCAAGACCGUUCAGGAAAGGAGAAAAAGAUCCCGACAAUGAGUUUGCUACCAUGUGGAUCGAAAGGACCACCUAUAUUACAGCAUACCGCUUCCCAGGAAUCCUCAAGUGGUUUGAAGUGAAGUCCAUGUCUGUGGAAGAGAUCAGCCCUUUGGACAAUGCCAUAGAAACCAUGGAGCUGGCCAAUGAGAAGCUGAGUAAUCUGGUCCAGCAGCAGGCGUGUGACCGCUCUCUUCCUGUGCACCCUCUCUCCAUGAUGCUCAAUGGAAUUGUGGACCCUGCAGUCAUGGGUGGCUUUUCCAACUACGAGAAGGCAUUUUUCACAGAGGCCUACAUGAAGAAGAACCCUGACCACCUGGAACGCAUUGAAGUCUUAAAACACCUGAUCGCAUUGCAGAUCCCUCUGCUUGAUGAAGGGAUCCGGAUCCACGGAGAGAAAUCCACGGAGCAGCUCAAACCCCUUCACAACAGACUCGUCACCUGCUUCCAGGACCUGCGUGCUAAAGUGGAGAAACUCUACGGUGUCAUUACUCUGCCCUGCUCUCUGACAGAAAAGAAGAAGAGUCGCGUGGGGUCAGUGGUAAUGCCGUACAUCAUGUCCUCCACACUCAGACGGAUGUCCACCAUCUCAAACGCCUCAUCUGGACACUCAAGCGGCUCGGGCUCCUCCGACGGAAACUCCUCCAGACCUGCUUCCCAGGAUUCUCUGCUCUCCCGCGUGAGCGACAGCAGGGUUUCGGUUCUGUCUCGCUCGGAGGAAGAUAAUCGGAUAAGUAAGAAGAACAGGAAAGAAUGGAGCAUGAGCAAGUCUCAGGUCUUACUGGAGCGACCCACUGACAGCGACGAGAUUCCUCCAGAGAAGCAGCCGAGGCCUAAAAGUCUGACGAUCGGAGACCGGAGACUUACGCUGUCGCUGUUUCAUGGAGAUUCAUCUAAUUUGAGUUUACACAACCCUCUCAGCCCUCUGCCUGCCUCGCCGCACACACCACGCAGCUCCAGUGAGUGCUCAACCACACAGCUGACACCUACCCAGAUGAUUGUUUUUUUUUUUUGGUUUUCCUUUGCUGUGGUGCACGAAUAUGGUAAUGCUGCCAUCGCUGUACUAUAGUACCACUGCAGUACU